AUGACGCCCAAAGGAUUUGGUUUCCUAACCAGCUUAAGGAAGCUUGUAAUUGGUCCUUUCUCAGAUGAUGGUGAUGAUCAUGAAAAUUCUUCAAUUUACAAUGAGUUUGAUUGGUCUGGAUUGAUAUCCUCCUCCUUCUUCUCUUCGUCAUCCGCACUCCGUGAAUUAGAAUUAUUUGGGUUGCCACACAUGGAGUCCCUGCCACCUCAGAUCCAAUACUUGACCACUCUCACGUCACUAACGCUAGUUGUCUUUGGAGGUAUAAAAGCUCUGCCAGAUUGGUUCGGAAACUUUGCGGCUCUUGAAGACGUGCACUUAUGGUUUUUCAAAGAGCUUGGACAUCUACCCUCUGAGGAUGCCAUGAGAAGUCUCACCAAACUAAAACGUUUGGAGGUUUAUGGUUCUCCUCUGUUAAAAGAAAGAUGCACUCCUGAGAGCAGCGGCCCCGACUCCCAGUGGUCCAAAGUUUCUCACAUUCAAGACCUACGCAUAACCGAUCAUUAUUAA